AUGGCCGACACUUCGUCUACAGUCAACGACGACCACCCCCUCGCGCUCGAACUUAGCAGUCUACGCGCAGCAGUUUCUCGCUACCAGCACGAAGCCCAUGCCACUUCCCUCAAGCUCCAGCGACACUCUCUCGAAGCCUCGCAGGCGAUCGAACAUGCGCGCGCAUUGGAGCGGGAGAAUGCGCGUUUGAAAGAGGAGGCCGCAGUCCUCAGAGCCAACCCAGACACCAGUCCGACCCAAGCUACAUUCCAAGUUCCUGAGUUAACCCUCGCGCUUCGGAGACUUUCGGACAAGCUCACAUCCGUAGAAGAAGCGCUGCUUGCGAGCACGGAGGAAUUGGUCCACGCGCGGAGCCAGCUGGCGAAUGGGCAUAACGAACUCGAAGCUGCGCGCGCGUUGGCCGCCGAUGCCCGUGCGCGCGAAGAAGAGGGCCUUGCUCGCGAACGCGACCUCGCGCGGAAGCUGAAGGCUGCAGAGGAGGAACGGCGCAUGUCAGACCUGGUCGUGCAGGAGUACGCCGACCUCGUUCGCAAACUCGAUGGGCGGACCAGGAUGCCCUCCGAUUCAUCCUCUACGUCGUCAAUCGACCUGCAGCGACCCAACAAUGGGUCAACGGCUACUCUCGUUGACAGCCUUGCCGAGGGAAAGUCUGGGCUUCAACGCUUGCUGGAAGAGUUCAACGGUGAUAGCGAGCGACUGGAAACAGAGAUCACGAAGCUUCAAGGCGACAACGGACAGCUCUACAAAGAACUCGAGGUCGCGCGCCUUGCGGCAGAACACGACCGUUCAGAGCUAGCGAAAAUACGGCAUGAGCUCGACAAGUAUCAUGCGGACGAUACAACGGCAGCCAAAAUGGUGUCUCGUUACAUGAAGUUCUCUCAGACCUCUACAGACACUCUCCAGAAAGCCAUGGACGCGCUCAGGUCGCGACACUCCACUACACUACACACUCUCAACGCGGAGAUCGCUCAUCUCCAGCACGCAUUAGAGCACCAGCGCGCCGAGACCGAUCGAUUGCGUUCUGCGUUAGACGAUCUCACUGAGGACAUUGCGCGGGAAGCGUUUGGGCGCCGACGCGAGGUCUCUCUGCGCCUGGCAUUCCUUGGACGCGAGGAGAAUCUUGCGGAAAGCUUGAGGCGAUGGAUUCGCAGGGCACGGGAAUCACUCGAUCGGGCAGCGGGUGGUUCGGACAGCGGUGAACUGGAUGCGGAUGUGCUCAAAGAAGCGUUCUCGAGGGCAAUGCUGGACGCAGAGGGGUUGCUGGAGAUGUUGAACAGCCAGCCAUUGACGGAAGGCGACAAGAGCCCAAGUGGUUCUGUCGCUAGGCUCAUACUUGCGCAAGACACUGUUUCAUCCCUGACACACGAACUCCAGGAAGAGACGGUUCGUAGGCUGAGGACCGAGAGGAAACUCGCGCGAUUGGAGACUCCCGACCAUCCCGAAGAUGUUCUCGCGCCGGGAACGAAGCCCUUGGCGCACCCCGUUCCGCAUCAUGCAUCCGCAGGCAAAGCCGAGAUAUCGCUGCUGGAGCAGAACUCGCCCCCUUCUGCCCUCGACGUGACACCUGCAGGCCCAUCACAGGCGGUCGUGGCAGAGGAUAUCCUCUCUCCGGGGGUUUCUAUCGACGAGAUUGUCAUCGUUCCUUCUCUGGACUCUUCGGAACCUCAGGCUUCCGACCACCUCUCCCAUCCUUCACCAAGGACAUCCGUGGCCGACGACGAGUCGCAUACCGUAGAUGCCUUGUCAGAUAAUACCCAGAGCGACAUCCAGGCUCCUGUGCCGACUGCCAGUCAUACCUUCCAGUCCUCUGAUAUCGAUGCUGCCGAAACACCUAUGGCAGCAGCCCCAUCUUCUCCCACCCCCGAGCUCGUCGUGGCGCAUUCAGAUACAUUGCCUGUCUCCUUCCCCUCCGACGCAGAAAUCGUGGAUGCUACUACAGAUCCUGGUUUACCCACACUCGCGCCAUCUUUCCCUCACGCCUCUGUAGAGCGGAUAAGCAAACCAUCAGCUCCUUCGAAUGUUACGCCGGAAGCAUCCCAGGGGAACUCUCGCGCUGCUGUGCCCAUGCCCUUACAGCUAGACGCCACGGAUGGUUCGGCCCUCUCGCCGUUACCGUGUUCGCCCGUGUCACCCGCCGUAUCAGCGGAGACAAGCAAAGAAUCCACACUCCUCGCUAACUUAUCGAAGGUCAAACACCGCUACGACAACGUCCAGCGUGGUUUCCGUGACUGUCAUCUCGCACUGAAGGAGCUCAAGAAGUCUUUGGCUGAGCUUUCCUCCCCUGCGACGGCGGCAUCUGCAGACAUGCACACGCUGCUCCGGAAAGCGGUCGAACGCCUCGACGACUACAACGAGGACGCACGGGUGGAGCUCGAGAUCCGCAUCGCUGACGACGAGCGCGUCUCAAGCGGCUACGAGGCGCUACUGUCCAUCCCGGGUGCGUUGGCGCACGCCGACGGCUCGGAGAACGUCAACUCGAGCGAGAUGCUGAGGGAGGUCGCUGCGUUCGUCAACGGCACGGACCGCGCCGUCGAGAAAGCGACGCAGUCGUUCACGCAGAAGCUGGAUGACCUCGAGCACGACAUCGCCUCUAUCAAGCGGACGCUGCAUGAGCUCGCGCUCUCGUCCUCCGAGGAGUCGUCGCUCUCUGCCACCUCACCGUCAUCGCGGCCGUCCGCAUCGCCGAAAUGGGCCGGCUGGGCACCCAGCUUCCUCAGUCCCCCACGCUCGACAAGCCCCGCGCCCACCUUCGGGUCAGUCAUGACCUCUCCACGGCUGCGCCAUUCCUCAUCGUUCACCCGCCCGCGCGAGUCGCCCGUGGACUCCCCCACGGACCCACUCGCCAACCUUGGCUUGCGGAUCGCCGUGCCUGUACCCGUGCGUAGUCUAACGUAUGGCGGCUUGAGCCCCGGAUCGGGUGGCCCCCAGCGGGCGGGGCCAAGGCAGCGGACGACGUCAGGGAUGUUCAUGUUGGGCUUGGGCAUGCGGAGCACGUCGUUCGGGUCGGGCAUGGGUGUACACGCGGGCACGAGCGCGAGCGCGUCCAAGACCUCGUUGGCGACCCCUAGUGGGAGCCCGAGCUUGAGGAGGUUGGCAACGGCGGUUAGCCCAAAGGACGAGGAGAGUAGUGAAGAGGAGGAUGGAGAGAGAAAGGAUGGCAUCGAUUCCGACGUCGAGUGA